AUGGGGGAGAAGGAGAACACUUGGCAGGCUAUGAGAACCUUGCGUGCUCAGUCCGAUCUGCCAUGGAUCUGCCUUGGGGAUUUUAAUGAGAUCCUGUUCGCAAAUGAGAAGGAAGGGGGGGCGCUUCGGGCCCAAGGGUGCAUGGAUGCGUUUCGGAGUGCGUUGGAGGCUUGUGGUUUGGAAGACUUGGGUUUUGUUGGGGACCCGUACACGUGGAGAAACAACUGGCAUUCGGUGGAUGGAUACACUAGGGAAAGACUUGAUCGUGCGGUGGCUAACAUGGAGUGGAGGUGUCUUUUCCCAUUGCAUAAGAUCAUAAAUGGGGACCCGCGACACUCAGACCACAGACCACUUAUUGCGGAGCUCAAUGGAAGAACAUGUAUGCCACAGGAGAGGGCGGGGCCAAAUCUGUUCCGUUUUGAGGCACGCUGGUUGCAAGAAGAGGAGUGUGCAAAUGUGGUGGAGAAGGCAUGGAAUGAUGCUUUCGCGGAUGGAGAGGUCUCAGUGAUGGAGGGCAUCAAGCAGGUGGGAGGGGAGCUGUCUAGGUGGGACAGGGAAGUGUUGGGGGAGCUGCGGGGUCGGAUUAGGAAAGCAAGGAGAGAGCUGGAGAAGUGUAGGCGAAGCCCUUUGAGCCAAGAACAAGUGAACAAAGAGCAUUUGCUGCGAUAUAAGUUGGGUAGGCUGGAAGACCAACAUAACAUGUACUGGAGGCAGCGAGCACAUGCACAUUGGCUAAAGUAUGGUGAUCGCAAUACGAAAUUUUUUCAUGCCCAGGCUUCAGAGCGGAAGAGGAAGAAUGUCAUAAGAAAGUUAAGAAAGGAGGAUGGGAGUGUAGUGGAGGGAGAAGAGGAGAUAGGGCUUUUUGUCACUAACCACUACAAAAGUUUGUUCACUUCUCAUGCAGGUUUAAUCAACGAUGAACUCCUCUCUUGUGUCCCUACUUCGGUCACCCGAGAAAUGAAUGACAGGCUGACACGGCCAUACGAGGCGGAGGAAGUGAGGAAAGCUCUUGAGGCCAUUGGUGACCUUAAAGCUCCGGGACCGGACGGAAUGCCGGCUGUGUUCUAUAAAAGGUUCUGGGAGUUGGUGGGACAGAAGGUACAAGCUGAAGUGCUUGCUGUCCUAAAUGGGGGCGCUAUGCCUGAGACAUGGAAUGAUACUAUCAUUGUGUUGAUUCCAAAGAAUAAAAACCCUGAAAGAGUGACAGAGUUCAGACCCAUAAGCCUCUGCAACGUGCUGUACAAGUUGAUUUCGAAGGCAGUGGCAAACAGAUUGAAGGAAAUACUUCCAGAGAUCAUAUCACCAACACAAUCAGCGUUUGUCCCAGGGAGGAUGAUCACGGAUAACGUGUUGUUGGCCUAUGAGAUAAAUCAUUUAAUGCACAAGAAGAAGGGUGGUCGUGAUGGAUUGGUUGCUAUCAAACUGGAUAUGAGUAAGGCCUACGAUCGAGUUGAGUGGAAAUUCCUCGAAUGCAUUAUGCGCAAGAUGGGUUUCGCUGAACAAUGGAUUGGAACCAUAAUGAAAUGCGUCUCAAGUGUAAGGUAUAGGGUGAAAGUAAACAGAAACCUCACUGAAACUAUUGUGCCCGAAAGAGGACUGCGCCAGGGGGAUCCCCUCUCGCCGUACCUAUUCCUAUUGUGUGCAGAGGGAUUCUCGGUGCUCUUGCACCGAGCUGAGAUUGAGGGAUCGAUUCAAGGAGUACAGAUUUGCCAAGGUGCCCCUAAGAUCAACCAUCUGUUCUUCGCAGACGACUCGCUGAUUGUGAUGAAGGCAAAUGCUCAAGGGGCUCACAGGUUGCAGGAUAUUCUUGCACUUUAUGAGGCCCAGUCUGGCCAAAUGAUUAAUAAGAACAAGUCAGUCGUCACUUUCAGUAAGGGUACCAGCAAUGCUAGAAGAGCAGAAGUGUUGCAGAUUCUUGGAAUCGCGCAUGAGUCCGUAGGAAAGCGGUAUCUCGGUCUGCCAGUGCACGUCGGAGCAGCAAGAAGCAAGGAGUUUGAAUACAUUAAACAAAGCAUUUGGCAAAGGAUGCAGGGAUGGGUGGAAAAACUGUUGGCUUUGCCGGGCAAGGAGACGUUGGUGAAAGCAGUGGCACAAGCAAUCCCGGCAUAUGCCAUGUCCUGCUUCGAUCUAACUAAGAAAUUGUGUGAAGAGAUUGGCACUCUGAUUAAUCGGUAUUGGUGGAGCCAACAGGACAAGUGGGAUCGAUGCCAUUGGAUAGGGUGGGAGAAACUCACUAAGUCAAAGAAAGAUGGGGGAUUGGGCUUUCGGGACCUGCACAUUUUCAAUCUGGCCAUGCUUGCUAGACAGGGGUGGCGAAUACUGCAGGAACCGGAUACUUUGUGUGCGAGGGUGUUAAAAGCAAGGUAUUUUCCAAACUGCUCGGUCCUAGAAGCAGAAGCGAUUGGUGAUAUGUCGUACACCUGGAGGAGUAUCUUGAAAGGGGUGGAGCUGCUGAAAGAAGGAAUUGUUUGGAGGAUUGGGACAGGAGAACAUGUGCGUAUCUGGGAAGACCCGUGGAUACCAAAUGGAACGACGAGACGGCCGCGCACUGCUAGAGGCAGCGUGCUCAUCGACAAAGUCAGUGACCUGUUUGAUCCGUAUACGGAGAACUGGGAUGAAGCACUGGUGAAAGAUCUGUUCUGCGAAGAGGAUGUGAAGGAGAUACUAGCGAUACCAGUCAGGAGUGGCAUGGAUGAUCAGCCGGCUUGGCAUCUGGAUCCAAGGGGAGUGUUCUCAGUGAAAUCCGCCUACCAUUUGGGAACCAACAUUAGGGACGCGAGCAAAAAUAGAGAUGCUAGCUCGUCGACGGCCACGCCAAGCUACUCGAAGAAAUGGAAUAGGUUCUGGACUCUUGAUUUGCCCCCCAAAGUGAGAAUGUUUCUGUGGCGUCUGUCACAUAACUCUUUGCCGCUACGGAUGAAUGUCAAGCGAAAGCAGGUGGAGCUAGAUACUAGAUGCCCGAUAUGUAUGAGGCUGGAUGAGGAUGGUGGCCAUUUAUUUCUCAAAUGCAAGCUAGUGAAGCAUCUCUGGAGAGAAUUGCAGCUGGAGGAUGUUAGACUAGAGUUGAUGAAGUGUGCUGAUCCAUUAGCCAUGUUUGAUUUCCUGUGGUCGCUAACGCGGGUUCGCCGUGAUCUGGUCCUGAUUCUUCUAUGGGAGUGGUGGAAUAUACGCAAUAAAGCAAACCAUGGCGGCAAGAUGAAGCCCACAAAAGGAGUGGCCUAUAACAUCCGCAGAAUACUUGAUGAUUUUCAGAAUGGAUCUUUGCAGACUGAAAAGCAUGACACAAUGCAUACAAUAGCAGGGUGGAGUAAACCAAAGGAAGGUUUUGUCAAAAUUAACUUUGACGCAUCCUUCCAUGUGGAGCAAGGAGGGGGAGCCUGGGGCUGUGUUAUGAGAUCAGAUCAAGGGGACGUCAUUGCUGCAUGUGCAGGGAGGAUGGAUCAUCUCACAUCGGCUUUACAAGCUGAAGCUACUGCUUGUAACAGGGCCAUCGAAGCGGCGAGCGAAAUGGGAAUCAAUCAGGCUAUUUUUGAAUCAGACUCGUUGAGUCUGGUGAAUGCCAUAAACUCUGGCGAGAGGGAUCUGUCUUCAAUUGGCGUCCUAAUCCGUGAAGCUCAUAGCCUUUGUUGCGCAUCUUUUGAUGCUUUUGAAUUUACCUUCUGUAAGUGUUCUUGUAAUUCUGUAGCCCAUAGCCUUGCUGCUUUUGGCUAUCGGGCAGGUGUGGUGUGCUCCUGGUGGAAGGACCAAGCACCAGAAUUUGUAUGCGACUUGGUUGCCGGCGAUUCUGCUGUGCAGGGUUAA